AUGCUCCAGAAUUCUACAGUCGAUGCAGCAGGCCAUUUGCACUCCCUUCACAUUUCAUAUGGAGCAGCCGCUCAUGGACAGCUUCUCCAGAUGCACGGGGACUGUGAGAAGGCAGAGCCUGUCGUUGUCGGAGACAGGGCGAGCUAUGAUCUCUUGCUGCCGCGAACGCCCACUCGCUUUACUCUCGAGGCUCUGUCCGCCAAGCUCACGCCAAGUCCGUCCGGGAGGCGGCUGCUUGUUUCCGCCCAGAAAAGCUGUGCAUCCGAUGAUGCCCGACUUAUCAACUUUCUGGCGCAAUUUUUGCAGGUCGAUGUGCUAGGAGCGUGUCGGUUCCACCUGACGUACAACACGCGCCACGCGCGGGAGCUCCUGCGGCAAAAGGCUGCCGGUGCAUCGCAGAAGGAGGGCCCGAUCUUGCAGCGCUACAACUUCGCCCUCCUUUCUGCUAGCUCCUUCCUGGCAGAUUGGGGGCAGGGGCCUUCGCCGGAGCUCUGGGAGAUCUUGGCCGCCGGAACCGUGCCCGUGUACUGGGGCGCACAGGGCCUGGACCGUUGGCUUCCAGACCCGCUGGCGGCCAUCAACGCUGCGGACUUCGCCUCGCCACUGGCCUUGGCAGGCUACCUGCAAGAUAUCAGCACGGAUCAGGAUAAGAUGAUGCGCCAUCAUCUCUGGCGGCACCGGGUGCAGGGCCCUUGCACGGAGCCUGUGGCUCUGUGCCAGGCCUUGAACGACCAGAUCCCAGAGGAGUUAAGCUCACAUGGCUUGGAGGCCGCGGCCAAGUCGCGACUCAGAGAGCCAUCCUUUCAAUACCUUUGUGGGAUCCGGCAGAGGCAGCAUGAAGAGAAGUGGCUGCACAGCUGCUAUGGAAUGCUACCUGCCUACGAGGAAGCGUUCCAUCACCACAAACUCUGGGCAAGUCUGGCGGCCUCUGAGGAGGGUGGCCUUCUCAGCAUGAUUGGGGAUGGAGAACGCUUGGAUGUCCUGGUGCAGGCAUCUGCCAUCCAGCUGAAGCCUCGCACGCCACGGCUUUCAGAGCAGUGGAGUUCUCUUUUUGACCUCUUCCACCAGGAGCAGCUCUUCCGAGACAGUAGCGUCCUCCAGCUCGGGCUCACGCCCGCGGACGCCGUGCCCUUGCCCGCCCUGGGAGCCCUGAGCCUCGGUUUGGCCGCCUUCGCGCGCGUCUACGCGCCCAGGUGGGCGCUCCCGGCGCUGCAGGGCCUCCGGGACUUCCUUGGGCCCGGAGCCGAGGAGCGCUUCAGGCUCCCGAGUCUGGAGGACUACCGGCAUGAGGCCAGCGCCAGCUUGUGGCUGGAUGUGGGGCGGAACGAGUUUCUCAAGGCAGACGUGGUCUUUGCCCUCGGCUCCACCCUCUCCCUCCUCUUGGGCUGCUCAGGACUCGCUUCUCUUCCAUUGGUUGUGGGGCUCUUGCGCCAGCUGGCGGCCACGGCGUUGGUGCUCGAGUGGGUCGGCCCCACCGAUGGGGAGAGCGAGGAGCUGUGGAGCGUGGCCUAUGGCAUGGACGGUGGGCGUCGCUACCGCCGUGAGGAGCUCGUGGCAGCCCUGGAGAUUCACUUCCAGCAUGUGGCGCCGAUGUACAAGGGGAAUUAUUACCUUUGCGUGGGACCCAAGUGGAGCGACUGGCAAGCAGUUCGGAUCACGGACCUCUCGGUGCCCCAGUUCAAGCUCCGGGAUGAGACUGGCAAGGACUUUCAGCUUCUGGCACAGUCUGGCUUCCUCUGGGGCGGGGCGGCCUUUAGUAAGCAAGUUCAGGUAGCUGAAGGGGCCGGAGGGGCUGAAGGCAUCGUGCGGAAGAUCACGCCCAUGCUCUUUGGCCUGAAGCAGGCCAUGUUUCUGCAACUGUUUGCUCCUCACUUUGCCUGCGUGCCCAAGCUGGUAGGCCACCAGGCAGGUCGGCGCCCGCUCUGGAGCUUGGUGGCAAUGGAGCAGUUGGAUGGCCCAGACCUGCUGUCUCACAUGAAGCAAAUGACAGAGCAACAAAAUGUUUUUGACCUCCUGGUCGCGACAGUGGAUCUUCUCUGCUGUUUGUUGCAGCAUGGUGUCCGGCACAAUGACUUGUGGGCCUCCAAUGUCAUGGUCCUCCCUGCGAAAACCGUCGACGCUGCAGAGCCGGGCUCACUACGGUCUCGAAUCCGUCUGGUUGCCAUCGAUUUUGAAGCGGCUGAGCUGACCUCGGAGGGACUCUACGACUUUAUCGACGAGGCCCUCUCGCUUGGGAGCAAUGGAUCCCCACUGAGUCGGGCCCGAGACUUCCUUCAGGAGUCUGGUGUGCAUGCAGUAGAGCUGCCCCCCUUGGCUCCGACCUUCCAUGUAGCCGAGGGCCUGGACGCUGGUGAAGUUGCGCUUGAGAAGUGGACCGACCGAGGCAUGCUGGGAAGUGUUCUGAAGCACCAUCUCUUCGAGAGCCCGGAGACCGAGUAUCUUUCGGCACUGGCCGAACCAUAUCGGCACAUUGUUGAAGCGCUUCUGCACGAAGGGCCCGAGUGCGAGAUCCAUGAUGCGACGUCCUGUGAAUCAGGGGAGAACCUCGUCCAGCAUGACGGCUGGCGGCUCCAAGACAUUCGCACAAUGCUCAAGAUGAUGCAAAAGGUUCCCUAA